GACUCGCGGGGGUAAGUUGCCCGUUAGCUUGGAGGGUAAACUUUUAUGAGUAGUCGGAAUCUAAUCCUAAAGAAAAUGCGCCAAAUAUUAAAAUACGACGAUCCUGUUACAGUCAAAUGCACUGCUGUACUCUAUAGGAGCUUGGUUUACCUUAAGUUAUACAAUGAGGGAUACUAAACUAGUCAGGACAGUUUUUUAGCUUCUUCUUUUCCACAAUCAUGUUUGUUUACAAAUCUCACACAAAGAUAAGCACAUACACUAGACACGUGAAAACCCACAUACUUCUAUUUAAAUCAGCGUUUGGCGGAUAGCGGUGCCACUCAGUGCCAUUUUUCACUGAUGGUGCUAUGGCCUGCUCCACCAAUCCUCACCGGGUAUACUGGCGGUCCUCUCUCAUUGGCUACCUCAUGGAGCUCUCUCUCCUCUUUUCCGUCGCCAUGGAGAAAGCUCCUCAGCGCGCAGAGAUCGUUUACGCAGACACAGAUUCACUCACGGCUCGUGAAAAGAUGUCAGUGUGAUCUCUUAAUUUAUCUCCUCACUGUUUUGGGUUGAAUCUGUGCUCCUUUGUUAGUACACAGUAAUAAACAGACAGAUCGUAGAAAAUCAAAAUCAGAUUAUUUGCCAAAUAUGUUUUCCCAUGUGAGGAUUUCACCAUAGAGUCAAGCAGUCAAAAGAAGAGUGCUCUGGUGUUUCCCCGUAUACCCUAAAGGGGCACCCCUGAGCAAAUAUGGUUAAACCCUUUUAAUUCGGAGAAGUCUUUUAUGUUAACGCUUUAAUAUGACGCAAGACUAAAGGGAAUAUAACUGUGAUUUAACAGACGGCGCUUGACGCUUUUUAAAUUACUAUUAAAACGGGCAGAAUUUUUUAUUCCAAAAAAUAGUCAGAGUGAGGCCUCUGCCAUGAGUCUGCGUCUCUGCAGCAGAGAGGAUCAGAUGAUGAGGAGAGGACAGACAGAGAGGCAGAGCGGAGAGUGGGCGGGGGAACUGAGGAAGGAGACAGAGUGGUGAGGAGAGGCAUCGUUCCACUGAUGCUGAGUCACAUAUCAGAGGGACCACAGCUGCAUCCCAUGAGUCUUUGGGAAUAAUGGAGGAGCUUGAACACACCUGCCCUCAUCCCCGAACGACUCUCACAGAGCCUGCCAUCUUUGCCAACGAGACCAGCUGUGACUGUCGCGCGCCUCAUGAGAAGCUCACCAUCGCUCAGGCCUGCAAAGGCACCCCAGUGGACCGGCCAGUCAGAGUCUACGCAGAUGGCAUCUUUGACCUAUUCCACUCCGGACACGCUCGUGCUCUCAUGCAGGCCAAGAAUCUCUUUCCAAAUACCUACCUCAUAGUAGGAGUGUGCAGUGAUGAACUGACCCACAAGUACAAGGGCUUCACAGUCAUGACGGAGCACGAACGUUACGAGGCGCUGAGACACUGCCGCUACGUCGAUGAGGUCUUGAGAGAUGCACCCUGGACUCUCACGCCUGAGUUCCUUGAGAAACACAAGAUCGAUUUUGUGGCUCAUGAUGAUAUUCCAUACUCCUCAGCAGGAAGUGAGGACGUUUACAAACACAUCAAGGAGGCAGGGAUGUUUGUACCCACGCAACGCACAGAAGGAAUCUCCACCUCUGACCUGAUUACGAGAAUUGUCAGAGACUAUGACGUCUACGCCCGACGCAACCUUCAACGUGGCUACACGGCCAAGGAGCUUAAUGUCAGCUACAUCAAUGAGAAGAAGUACCGGCUACAGAACCAAGUGGAUCGGAUGAAGGAGAAAGUUCGCACAGUCGAGGAAAAGAGCAAGCAUUUUGUUUACCGAGUGGAGGAGAAGAGCCACGACCUCAUUCAGAAAUGGGAAGAGAAAUCCAGAGAAUUCAUCGGGAACUUCCUAGAAUUAUUUGGACCUGAUGGGACAUGGAAACAAGUGUUUCAGGAGCGCAGUGGUCGAAUGCUCUCCUACGCUCUGUCUCCCAGAGAGUCACCCAGCAAUAGCCCUCCCCGCGAACUUUCCCCCCUGCGCUCACCCUCUCCCCCGUCUCCCCCCGCCCGCUGGCACAACGCGCGGCCCUCGCCCCCUACCUCCCCAAAAGGAGCGUCUGCGUCUAUAAGCAGCAUGAGUGAAGGGGAUGAAGACGAAAAGUAGACGGUCACACCAACCCGCACACGCGCACACUCACACACACACACACCUCACUCACAAACACAUGCACACACUCCUCCAAACACUGGCUGACAAACUGAAAAACAGUUACCCUCAAGGAUGUUGCAAAUAUGCAAUGCAGACGGUGAUCAUGGGGAAUGUAGUUCUGAGCUGCAGAGCUAAGAAGCCAUCACUGUCUCUGUUGUUUCUGGGCAACCAAGCAGACAGGAGGAAGAGGAAGGACGAAGAGGAUGAGGACAAAGUGUCAGAUUUUGUAAGGACAAAAAUCCCGUGCAGCAUCUUUGACUUUGGAUUGUCCAGCACUGAUAGAGACUGUCAAACAGCUUGCUUAUAAUAUCAUCAGUUUUGGUUUUUUGUCUUAUUAUGUGAGAUUAUCAUUUUCUCUUCAAGAUGCCAAGUUUUCUUGUAACCGGUGUGAUAGCUAUGCGCGAGUAGGCACAGACUUACAGAAACACCUCAUCUUACAUUCAGUUCUGCAUAUCGUGCACACUGGAGCUGGUUUCAUUCAUUUUGUGUAAUUUUGUGCUAUUUAAACGACAGACCCCUGCGAAGCCUAGAGUAGCUGAGGCGAUGCUUGGAUAACACACGGCCUUUGCCGUUUUAGACCGUAUUCACAAAAACGAUCGCAUUGAAAUUCACUGAUCACGAGUUACUUCUAAGAUAUUCAUAUGAAAUUCUCUGCAGGAGCCCAGAAGACCGUAUAUUGUCAAGUUUCUGAAAUGCAGAUGAUAUGUGCAAAAACCCUAAGCAAAACCCAGCAAAAUACAGAAAAACAAGACAUAAACACAACUUUUAAAGCUCACGUUUUUUUGGAUGAUUGUAAAAGAGACACAAAAUCCAGUCCUCGAGGCUUACUGCACCAAAUAGUUUGAUGAAAUAGAAAAAAUAGAGCCUUCAUUUAUUAACCUCUUGAAUGUAAAUUGCAUCUUUUAGACUCCACAAAGAGGUAAUGUUAUCACUCUCACAUCUAGCCAUAUAAAAGGUUGCGUCUCACCUGUUAAAGGAAGCACUUGUGGAUUUUCACCAUUUAAAAAAAAAAGCCAUGUAAUUUUUUUAGUAGUCUUUCAUGUUUAGCAGAGAUUUCUUUGGCUCUUUGGGACCUGAUGUCAGCUGUCCACAAAAACCUGACAAACUCUGACGAUACUUGAAAUAUCUCAAAAAUAUUAAAGCUCUCUGGGUGAAUCGUCAGGUUUGAACAUGGCGCUGUUCUCGCUGCGAUGAUUGGAAAUGUACAUUGCUCACGUCUGAGCAGACCUCUCUUCCACCCCAGCAACACAGUAAGUACCCUAUAAUGCAACGUAGAGACCUUAAUGUCCUGUACGCACUAUAUGUUAAUCUGCACUAUAUGAACAAAAUUUGGGAAUGUGUGUCUUUUUUUUAAUUAUUAAUUUUAAUGUUCAAAUGAAUCAAAAUGUGAAUAAAAGAAAAAAAAUGUAUAACAGAAUAUGAAGCAGACUUUUAGACUUUUUAAUUGAUGCUAAAAAGUUAAAGGUCAAUAGAGACUGGGGGGGACAUGACUUGACAACAGCUGACUCAACUGUGCAAAUAAAGAGUUGAAGUAGUGGGAAGAGGUGCAAAGAACACUGUUAAACCCCAGUGAUGUCAUGUGAAAAAGAAGGUAUGGUGUCUUUCACGUCUAAGUUUUCAAAUAUCAGGACAUAAAAAUAAUCCAAUCCUUAACUGUUUUAGAAAUUAAGACAGCAUAAAACAACAUAUGACCUGUUAGACUGUAUCAUUAUUUCCACCCUCCACAACAAUUAGAAGGAUAAGUAAGUGUGAGCAUCUUUAUGAAAGCAGAAAUUUCAGCAGUUUUUUAGGUCUGGAAGGGUUUUCUCUAUAAAAAGAACACAGCAGAGCUUAGGCUUGCAAAGUUGCAUUUGAACAAACCACAAGACCUUUGGAUAUUUGCUCGUAAUAAGCAGAGAAACCCAAACACAGCUGUCGGCAUGGUGGUGGCGGGGUAAUGAUUAGGGCUUAUUUUACAGCCACAGGACCUGGACACCUUCCAGUCACUAAGCAGACCAUGAAUUCAUCUGUAUACCAAAGUAUUAUAGAGUCAAAUGUGAGGUCACCUUUCAGUCAGUUAAAGCUGGGCUCUAACUGGCUCAUGCUACAGGAUAACAAUCUCAAGCACAGCAGCAAUUCUACAACAGAAUGGCUGAAAAAGGAAAGAGUAAGUCAAAAUCCAGAUCUCAACCUGAUUGAAAUACUGUGGCAGGAUCUUAAGAGUGCUGUGCAUAAAGCAAUACCCACAAACUUCAAUUAAAUAAAGCACUCUUGUGUAGAAGAGUAGGAUAAAAUUCCUCCACAAGAAAGUAAGAGACUGAUAAUUUUCUUCAAGUUACUUGCUGAUAAAAGUAGGUUUUCACACACUGCUUAUGUUUUUUGGCUGUUUUUGUUAAAUUAUCACAAUGAGUAAAAAAUCGUGUUACUGUAUAACUUUAGAACCUGGUAAGGCCCAAUUACAUCUUUUAAAUUUUGUCUUGUUUAGUAAAACCUUAGACUGGACAGAGGGUGUACUUCCUUUUCCACACCUGCAAACUUUAGGCAAGACAUUUACGGGAGAUUCAAAUGUUUAUCUGAGGCAGAGCCAAUCUGCUAAAAGCAAUCGAUCAAAACAGAGACAUGAACUGUUUAAUGUAAUCAUGCAUAAUUGCGCCGUAUGUGGUUUGGACCAGAAUGUUUCAACACUGUGGAAAAAACCCCCGAUCUGAUUACAGCGUGGAUAAAAACUGAACACACCGAUUACACACAACAGCAAAUCUCUUUUAUUGUAAUGUUUGACAGUUGGUAUUGGAAGUUCAUCUCAUGCUGAAUCACAUUAUAAGACCAUUGUAAAACCUUUUUUUUGGUGUAUGUUGAUGUUGCACGACCACCUCUUAUCCAGGAGACUCCAAAUGCAGUAUUUAAGCUGGAUGUACAGCAGGGUGGAAAAAACACACAUCACUCCACACUGGCUGCAUCUACAGCAUAUACAUUAUAUAUGAUUUUCUAAAAUACUCUUACCACAUAGAAGGUCUUUAAACAGUAAACUACUAAAAGUAGAAGAUCUUCAUUUCAAUAAAUGAUGGAAACUGGAAGUAUAACUUUGAUCAAGAUGUGGUUUUUAGGUGACUGGUCAACAACAGGACCACACUGGCCUACACAUCAACCACUAACCUAUGACGCAGCUCAUCCUCUAUGGUAGGUUAUUCACAGGGUAUCAGCCAGACUGGCAUGUCACAAAGGAAUUGGCAGUGAUGAAAUCUGAUGGUUAACAUGUCGGUUUCCACACCGAGUUAUUCCCUCUUUACACAUCAGGUGAAGCUAAAUGAGAUGAGAAAAAGACGUCACUUCGUAUUUGUGAAAAUCUCCCAACAUCUGCUUUAAAUAAAUCCAGGUUUGAGCCAUGACUUGUUUAAGUUUUGGUCUUUUUCAGCAGCCUCAAAAAAAUAAAUAAAAACAAAUGCAUCACCAUUAGUAAAUCCUGACCUGGGAUCCGAUCUGAUUUAAUUAGCUCCUUGAUAGAGGUCUGGAGUGAUUGCAUGAAAGCUACACGAGGUUAAAAAUAUACACGUAGGAUUAGUAAAGUGCACAAAAACAGGUUCCUGAAUAUGAUCCAUGUGCCAAAAAAAACAAACAAACAAAAAAAACCCAGGAAAAAAAGUGGAUGGAUUGAUGCACAACUUUCAGUGCCCUGGAGGCUCUGCUUCUUUGACCACAUUUUCCUCUGCCGACUUAUCCAAACCCUCAACUGUGUGUCCCACAUGACUUCCUAUUGUAUAAAUAAGGAAAAAAAAUUUUAGUUAAAGUUAAAAACCUACAAAUCACUAAAAGAUGAAUGAAAGCAAUCACGUGUCAGUGCCAAAAGCCAAAAAAAGCCAAGGAAAA